CUCAUUGCGCUCCAGACGCUCCACGCACCCGAGUGCGCAAGACCGCUGCUGAUAACGAUCGGUUAUAAUAGUAGAAAAACACAAUAGUGUUUAUUUCAAUGCCACACUUGAAGCGCUAGGAAUCAUACACAUUCACACAUUUGGACGCUCCAAAGCCUCUAUUAACCAGCCGUGGCGCAGAAGUAUCCUCAAACAUGAGCAGCAUCAUUUCGGAUGGCGGUGAUGUUCUUGAUGGAGAUCUGCGUCCUGACACUUCAUGACAAAAGACACACAACAACUCUAUCUUUCAGCGUCCGAUCAACCGUGGCAAAGAAGAGAAGAGAAGAGCGCAGGAUGAAAAGCACUGGCUUACUGUUGGGCUACUUUUUAAUGAAAGUUCUUGUGUGCGACGCGGAAGGAGAGCCAGGCAAAAGCCUGGAUGGUGCGGUGACAGCGUCCGGGUCCAAUGACUCCAGAGACGGGGAAAACGGCCUCUCCGAGACCCCUCACACUGAGGACAGGUGUCGGGGCUAUUACGAUGUGAUGGGUCAGUGGGAUCCUCCAUUCGUGUGCCGGACUGGUAGUUACCUGUACUGCUGCGGGACCUGUGGAUUCAGGUUCUGCUGCGAGUUUAAGAACUCCAGGUUAGAUCAGACCACCUGCAAAAACUACGACACGCCGCCGUGGUCCAUGACGGGCCGACCACCGCCGAAGAUGAUGGACCAGCACGACCCGACAAAGGAUAAAACCAAUUUGAUUGUGUAUAUCAUAUGCGGAGUAGUUGCUAUCAUGGCGCUGGUUGGGAUUUUCACCAAACUUGGCUUGGAGAAAGCGCAUCGACCCCACAGAGAAAAUAUGUCCAGAGCACUGGCCCAGGUGAUGCGCCAGACAGCUCCAGGAGAACAUGUGGAGAGAGAGGAGAGUUUGGCGGUGCAUGGACAACCCUACGAAAACCUGCAGGCCCGAGCAACAGGAAACAACCUGCAGAGUGCCCAGAUGAACAGUGUGGGUCCCAGUUCAUCUAUGAUGCAGGCCAUGACCCCAUACCCUGCUCUGGGACAGGUGCCAGUGGCUCACCCCUAUGAGCCGUCACCAGCUGCAAAAGAGCUCAACAAGUACGCCUCGCUCAAGGCUGUUGCUGAAAAAGCCAACGAAAACUUCUACACCAACAGACGGCACUUGGCCGACCUGGCAGCGAAAGGCACUCUUCCCAUGCACUCAGUGAGUCUGGAGCAGGAGCCCACCAACCCAUACAGCCCAGAGCUGCCCUGCCAAAAGCAGAACGGACACAAGUCCAAAAGCACCAAGGUCCACAGCUCCCACCCGCUGGCUUAUGGCUCCAACACAAUCGCCAACCCCGGCAGGAUGAGUAGCUGGGAGACUACAGAAACACUGGGCCGCCGGCACACGUACGGCCCCAAGAAGCACAGCGCCACAAUGGAGCAAAUGAACGAGUUGACGUCCGCCCAGAGCCAACAUUACCUGCCACCACAUCCGUACUUCGUCACCAACAGCAAGACUGAGGUGACUGUGUGAACGUGGCCGAACCAACGGCUUUAUCGAGCCCAGGCUUGAGUGGACGAGGAGAACGAAGAUAACCAGAGACGCCUGACGGAGGAAGAAGAAGAAGAAGAAGUAUGGAUUAGGAGCCCAUCCUGCUGGAAGGAUUGGCCGAUUGGGUCUGGCUCGAGAUCUGCAUGGCUGUGUGUGUGCUGUUUGUCUUAGAGCGGUUGGGUUGUGCAUGGACCAGGCAUGCAUUGGCAUCAUUUUCGAAAGGCUAAGGAUCUCUUUCUGUGUCCAUUCAGUCACAAUGCAAAUGAAUAAAUGACCUGUUGUGAUGAGUCUGUUGCAUUAAAGUGAUGAGGAACCCACUGAAAACCAAUCGUACUUGAGGAAAUCACUGUCUAAAAGCACUUGUUUAUUUUCUUUUCUUGUAUAUAACAGAAUGUCAGAAGCUUCCUCAGAUAAUCAGAGAACAUCGAUUUGGAAGAUGUUAGGACAAUUGGGGUUUCUAGUUCUUCUCAUCUCAACCAGACUUUUUCCAGAGCGUGUGCACCAAAAAAAGAGAAAACAACAAGAAAAAAAAAAAAAAAAACCUCCUGUAGCAACGCAACACGCCGGAUCCUGACAAACACUGGGCUUGUGCCUUUCUGACAGAAGAACUCAUUAUAUGUAAGAGCUCUUGUGCUUUUCAGUGAGCACAUGGUGUUUCUUCAAUAACAAAGAUGCAUACAUAUAAAUCUAUUGUUUACGGCUGUCAUCUUUUGGUAAAAAAUCUGGUAACACUUUACCAUACAGGUGCUCUAAUUUGCAUUAAACGUAUAGCUUCUGAAUAAAUAACCCUAUUUUAAGGAUUACUGCAAGAUCAACACAUGAAUAUUCUAUAUGAUUCACGCAUUAAGUCAUCUUUAAAAAGUGUUAUUAGUAAUACAUGUCUGUUUUAAAUUAUAUUUACUAGCAUAAAUAUUAUUAUUUCCUUUAUUUAGCCAGGAGAUCACAUUGAGACAGUACUGUCUCUUCUUCCAGUGAGAACUGGUCAAGACGGCAGGCAGCACAUAAAGUUUCACACAAAUAGCACAAAAAACAAUACCACAAAAUUGCAAAAUCAUCAUUCGUAAAAAGGUCAGAUCAUAAAAACAAUUACAAGUAUCCUUUAAGACGUUGGAGAGAAGAUGUUUAAAAGUACUCAGAGUUGGAAGUGUGUUAAGAUUAAGCUGAUUUUGCAUGUCAUCCCAAACACUAGGAGCAUAAAAGGAAAAAGCAUGUUUGCUAAGUUCUGAUAAUACACUUGGGACUGUAAAACGAAUACAGGAACCAAAUCUAGUGUUGGUUAUUUAUGUAAAAUGUUGGCAAAUUAGAAAGAUAGGAUGGUAGUUUACCUUAAAGAGCCUUUCAAGUAAAUAA